AUGUCACAAUUUCCAACUCUAUAUGAUAUCCUGUUACAACCAGGGAACAGAAAUGUUGAGAACAGGAAAGAUGAUGGACCCUUUAACAUCGAGACCUUCCACAGGUUCCUAUUGAAAGCACAUUGUGAGGAGAAUUUGGAGUUUUUCCAAUAUUGUAACACAUAUAUAUGUACAAAGACGAGAAAGGAGGCUAUUUCACUUGAUAUGGCCAAUUCAAAAUCGGAGACAGACUUAGCUACCACAGAGAGCCACCAACAUAGGCUACUAAAGAUGUGGAACAACAGAAUCUACUUGAAAUACAUUGCAUUAAACUCGCCAAGAGAGUGUAACUUCCCACAGGAAAUACGAGAAGUAUUCGAAAAAUGUUAUGAAGAACAACAACUUCCUAGUGAUGAAAGUGUUCUUAUAGCAAUGCAGCACAUAUUACAACUCUUAAUGGAUGCUUAUAGACAAUUCAUAAAAUUUGUUAAUAACUCCAAUGAUCCACUAGAAGAACUGAUAAGUGAGAAGAGUGAGGCCAUUAUCACAAACUUCGGUGAAGGGGACUCCACCGCGUCUACUAUUUCCAAAGAAAAUGAAGAAGAUGAACUCAAAAAGACCUCUGCCUUAAACUGGUUUGAUUCGAAUAUACCGUCUACAUUGGAGUCAACAACAUCUCAUUGGGGGAUCAGUAGUGGCCAUUUCCCGGAAUCAAAUUAUUUGAUGACGCCAAAGGUUAACUUGUCAGCUAAUGAUAUUCUCUUAAGCUCUACUACUAAACUUGCACCAUCUGUCAGUCCACUUAUUAGUCGAGAGAUUAGCGACAUAAUGAACAAGAACAAAUCUUCGGUUAAGAGAGCAUCUACUGACCAAAGUCUUCAAACUAAUACGGAUCCAGUUUCGCCAAAGAGACGUUCAUUAGAGACUGAUAAGAGGAAAAGCGUUUCUCCAAUUCUCAUUUCACCAAAUAACAAGUCGCAUUCGAACAAGUAUAGCAAAUCUAAUGGAUCAUCCCAUGUUAAUAGGUCCAUUAAAGCAUCAACUUCCCCAUUAUCUCACCGAGUGGUUUUGCCCAAUGAUAGAAAGAUUCAACGCCCUAUCUCACCUCCUAUGACAAACCUCCCGCAUGAACAUCAUAGCAGUACCAUAGUUGGUAAAGGCAAACAGCUCUUUAACAAACUCAGCAUGGUGGGUAGAAAAAAAAACUACUCAUCCCAUAUUCCACAACAGCAUUCCAAUCAAUAA